AUCUACGCCCUUGCCAGAUCAACAUCUCUAUCACCUCAGACUGCAUUAAUAGCUACACCAUGUUUAAAUAAAUCCCUGUCCCUGCACACCUCCCAUGCCCUCCCUGCUCACACUGUGCUCCGAGUUUCCCUAAACCACUGCUAGGCUGAGAGUCCCUCCUCAUAUUUCAUGUUAUUAGUCCGAUUUUGGAGGAUUGUUAUUAAAUAUUCAUGUUUGAGGUAUUAAAUUGACAGAUGUAGUCAUUUCCAGAAACUGGAGAGGAGAGGGGCAGCUCCAUUUCCGGGAGAAAUGAAAGUGAAAGUGCUGGACUCCAUUUUGGAGCCGGAGCGAAGCAAGGUGAUCUCAGCAUAAUGAUCAUUAUUCUGCUGUCAGAGUGUCUCCGUGGGUGAAGCAGGGAAACAAAGACGGAGCUUUUCAUCAGGCGGAGGAUUCAAAAAGCAAUUUCACUCCCGAAACUGACACGUGUCCUUCUUUCACUCUCAGACUGAGGGAACAUGAGUGAUUUGGCGGAAGAAGAGGACCGAAGCUGCCCGCCUCUGAAGAGAAACCACCCCAAACAUCAUCCUUGGGCUCUCAGCGAUCACCCCGGAGCCUGGGAUCUAAAACAGAGAGCGGUGUAUCCAGGAUCCGACUGUUUGUCCAUGAAGAGUGACAUUUCCAGAGAAGCCCCUCCAGACUUAAGGAAUCAACCCGGACCCUCACACACAGAAGGUGGGCAGCACAGACAGAGAGCAGAGUCUCCAGUAUCCGACUGUUUGUCUAUGAAGAGUGACUCCUCCAGGAACGACCUUCUAUACUUCAGUAAUAAACCCGGACGCUCACACACAAAACAGCGAGUGGCGUCUCCAGGGUCCGACUGUUUCUCCAUGAAGAGUGACAUUUCCAGAGAAGCCCCUCCAGACUUAAGGAAUCAACCCGGACCCUCACACACAGAAGGUGGGCAGCACAGACAGAGAGCAGAGUCUCCAGUAUCCGACUGUUUGUCUAUGAAGAGUGACUCCUCCAGGAACGACCUUCUAUACUUCAGUAAUAAACCCGGACGCUCACACACAAAACAGCGAGCGGUGUAUCCAGGAUCCGACUGUUUGUCCAUGAAGAGUGACAUUUCCAGAGAUGCCCCCCCAGACUUAAGGAAUCAACCCGGACCCUCACACACAGAACAGUGCUUCACUUCAUGCGGGGACUGGUCUGCUUCAUCAAAGCUGUCCUCCUGGGACCGCUCAGGAACCACAGCUGGAGUCCAGACAGCCAGUCAGAGCAGCUUGAUACCAAUUGAUGGUGGUUUGCAGAAGGUUUUAGAUGAUCAUAAGCUCAUACUGAAGAGGAAAUGUGAACGUGUGACUGAAGGAACUCAUGAAACCGAAGGAACCCUCCUCAACAGGAUCUACACUGAGCUCUACAUCACGGAGGGACGGCCUGAAGAUGUGAACACGCAGCAUGAGGUGAGGCAGCUUGAGACACCUUCCAAGAUCACGCACGAGGACACUCCAAUCAAGUGCCACGAGAUCUUUAAAGCCUUACCUGACGAACAAAAACAUAUCCGAGUUGUUCUGACGAAUGGCAUCGCUGGAGUUGGGAAGACCUUCUCAGUUCAGAAGUUCACUCUGGACUGGGCAGAGGGCUUGGAAAACCAAGACAUUAAUGUGGUGGUUCUGCUGUCAUUCAGGGAGCUGAACCUGAUCAGAGAUAAGCAGUACAGUCUUCUGAAGCUGCUCCAUGUUUUCCAUCCAACAUUAGAGAAGGUCACAGCAGAGAACCUGGAUCUUUGUAAACUUUUGCUCAUAUUUGAUGGCCUGGAUGAAAGCAGACUUUCACUGGAUUUCUCCAUAACAAAGGUCAUAUCAGACGUCACACAGAAGUCAUCAGUCAGUGAGCUGCUGACAAACCUCAUCGAGGGGAAUCUGCUUCCCUCGGCUCUCAUCUGGAUAACUUCCAGACCUGCAGCAGCCAAUCAGAUCCCUUCUAGAUGUGUCGACAGGGUCACAGAAGUACGUGGAUUCACGGAUGAGCAGAAGGAGGAGUACUUCAGGAAGAGACUGAGUGAUGAAGAACGGUCCAGGAGAGUCAUCUCCCACAUCAAGUCAUCCAGGAGCCUCCACAUCAUGUGUAGAAUCCCAGUCUUCUGCUGGAUCACUGCUACAGUCCUUGAAGACAUGUUGACUACAGAGCAGAGGGAAGAGCUGCCCAAGACCCUGACGGAUAUGUACUCACACUUCCUUCUAGUUCAGAUGAAGAGAAAGAAGCACAAAUAUCAUGAGGGACAAGAGAUGGCACAGGAGGUAGCAGAGGCUGAUCGGGAGGUUCUUCUGAAGCUGGGAAGGCUGGCAUACGAACAUUUGGAGAAAGGAAGCAUCAUGUUCUACCAAGAAGACCUGGAGGAGUGUGGUCUGGAUCCCGAUGAGGCCUUGGUGUAUUCAGGGGUUUGUACAGAAAUCUUCAAAAGAGAGUGUGUGCUCUUCGAGAAACCAGUCUACUGCUUUGUUCAUCUGACCAUUCAGGAGUUUCUGGCUGCCGUCUACAUGUUUCACUGUUACACCAACAAGGACAUAGAGGUGAUGAAGCAAUUCCCGGGGACAAAGCGGGACAACAAAAACAGUGACACAUCUCUGGAUGUCUUUCUGAGCAGAGUCAUGGACAAGUCCCUCAAAAGUAAAAAUGGCCACUUGGAUCUGUUUGUUCGCUUCCUUCAUGGCCUCACUCUGGAAUCCAACCAGAAAAUCUUAGGAAGUCUGCUGGGCAAGGCAGAGAUCACUCCAGAAAUCAUCCAGAGAACCGUUAACAGCCUCAAGGAGAAGAAAACAAAAAUCGCCCCCGACAGAAGCAUCAACAUCUUCCACUGCCUGAUAGAGAUGAAUGACCUCUCGGUAUCUCAGGAGAUCCAAGAGUUCCUGGGGUCAGAGAACAGAUCAGAGAAGGAGCUCUCCGAGAUCCACUGCUCAGCUCUGGCCUUCAUGCUGCAGAUGUCAGAGGAGGUUCUGGAGGAGCUUGACUUGAAGACGUACAAGACAUCACUGGAGGGACGACUGAGAUUGAUCCCAGCUGUGAGGAACUGCAGAAAGGCUCGACUCCCUGGCUGUGAGCUCUCAGAAACUCACUGUGAAGUCGUGGCCUCAGCUCUGAAGUCCAGACCCUCCCACCUGGUACAUAUGGACCUGAGUGAAAACUACCUGAAGGACCCAGGAAUGGAUCUGCUGACUGGUGGACUCAAAAGUCAUAACUGUAAACUAGAGUUUCUGAAUUUGAGUUCAUGCAGGUUGUCAGAGACCAGCUGUGCUUCUCUGGUCUGUGCUCUCAUGUCCAACCCCUUCCAUCUGAGAGAGCUCGACCUGAAUGACAAUAAGCUGCAGGAUUCAGGAGUGGAGCUGCUUUGUGAUUUUCUGGAGAGUCCAGAUUGUCGACUGGAGGCUCUGAGGUUGCGGAUCUGCAGGUUGUCAUCAAUCAGUUGUAGUUAUCUGGUCUCUGCUCUCAAGUCCAACCCCUCCCAUCUGAGAGAGCUGGACCUGUCUGGAAACAACAAGCUGAAGGAUUAUGGUGUGGUCUAUCUGUGCGAUUUUCUGGGCAGUCCAGACUGUAGGCUGGAGAUUCUAAAACUGUGGGAAUGCAGAUUGACGAGGUACAGCUGCCGUCCUCUGGUCUUAGCGUUGAUGUUAAACCCCUCCCAUUUGAGAGAGCUGGACAUGAGCAACAACUACUUGAAAAAUUUUGACGUGACAUCCCUGAUUGAUCUUCAGAAGAAUCCAGACUACAGACUUGAGACGUUCAGGUGGGAGUCACCGAUGCGUAAGUGAACGUAUGUCCUCGUGUGCAGAGACGCUCUGAUUGUGGCCAUAUUGUUGGGAAGUAGAUUGGAGGGGAGACAGUCAUCCAGCAGCGACUGAUAGAAGAGUGAGAGGAAGUGUAGAUGAUUGUCAGCGCUGCAGAGUGGACUGCACCGUUUUCAGAAACCAAACCUUCCUCACAGGCUGCGAUACACUGGGAUCCUUUCUAAAGCUCCUCCAUUAACCCUCUUUGGAAAUCCAGUCUGGGAUCAAAUCCACCGUUUGUACAUUUCUACAAAAGAAUAUUCAAAUCAAUUUUAUUUAUAUAACACCAAAUCGCAACAACAGUUGCCUCAUGGUGUUUUAUAUUGUAAGGUAAAGACCCUACAAUAAUACAAAGAGAACAGAGAAAACCCCAACAAUCACAUAACCAUCAUUCAAAUCCUGCCCAGUAACAGCUGCAGGUCUCAGGGAUGACUGGGUGGCAGAAGACAGAUGAUGAGUGAUGUGAUUUUAUAGAACGUGUUUGUUGCCGUUGUUUGGGUUUAGCUCGAUGAUAAUGAUGGCUGAUAAAUGUUCACUUAUUUCAUGGUCUGUGGCCUUUUAAAAACAGAAAAAUCUGACAAAACCUUUAAUGUCAGGAGACCUGGCUGGGAUCACAAACUAAAAUAAACUUAAAAUACCAAAUCAGCCCAUCACACAUCUUCUAUGUAACGUGUUCAGAACUGACAUAACCAGGUCACCUGUCUCAGCUCCGUUACAAACACCAGUGUCUGUACUUUUAAAUUAUUUGGCAUUUUUGCCUUUAUUGAAUAGUGAAGACAGACAGAAAGCAGAGAGAGAGACUUAACAAAGGGCCACGGGUCAGACUUGAACUCGGGCCACUGCUUUCUGGCCACGCGGCAUGUGGUCACCCGCUGAGCUAAACCAGCACCAAAGCAUCUGUACUUUCACUUUCACUGUUUUUUUACUUUUAAAGUACAAAGUUAUCUGCACUCUCCCACCAGAGUGAAUUUAUUUUGCAAUAAGAGUUAAAUGUAAACAUAAUAAGAAAGAAAACAGUAAGCGUAGUAGCAGAAAUGUGCUCACAGUGCUGCAGUAUUGUUAUAAAUGCCAAAAGCUGGGUUGUAUGGAAGCUUGUUCCUGCCACUGAAAAAACUUGUUUUCCACAUCAGUAAGUCAUAAUUUCAGGUUACGGUUAGAGUUUAAAGUGUUUUUGUUGUCAGUUUAUAAUUUUCUCAGUGUUUCGUGUUUCGAGUCUGAGCCCAACCUGAACCGUAAUACCAAUUUAGAUAACCUGAAAAUUUGACUUACAGAUGGAAAAAAGGGAGAAAACACACGUCUCUUUUUUGUUGAUAUUGUUGUUCUUUUGUCUUGCACUAAUGUUAAAAUAACCGUUACCACAUAGUCAACUACUGACUGUUUUAUUGUAUUACCUUUGACAACCUGUUUUGUGUCUUCUUGUUUCUUGAUGCUCAUUUGUGCCUUCAAUACAAAAAUUUAAAAAUACAUAAGACAGCCCAGACUCAAUAACCCUCAUCCAGAAAUAAACUUUUCCAGACUACCAAAUUCGGAUUACCAGUGCUCCCAAUGGGAGUACACAUAACAACAGCAGAAAAGUGUGCAUGGACGUUUAAAAAAACCACAUCAUCAGUAAAGAAAGAACAUCUGGUUGCUGUAGUUGGGUUUGGCUGCAAGAUAAAUCUGUUUUCAUUAGAUUUAAACCCAUUUUUGAUGAUAUGCAUUAUUAUUGCUGUAAAAAUGUGCACAAAAAGUCAUGAGCAGCUGCUGGAUGGAGGGAAAUAUUUUGAGCUCUACCUGAUUAACAUCUAACCUAAAGGAGAAAAAGUAUUUCAAAAGCUGCCCGCUUUGGCUCACCUGUACUGGGGAUGCCAACAGCUCGUCUCCUGAGUGUCAUCUUUCACCAACAUGGUGCUACAAACUAAUGUUAGAAACACAGCUUGCAUCAGAAGAGUGCUUGACCAGCAGCAGAGGCAGCUAGUCCUGUCUGAUGAGGUGAUGGAGGAAUCAGCCGGUCGAGCGGGAAAACUCCUGCAUAAAAAAAGCUCCAGGCGUCACACGAGGCCUCCAUAAACAGGCUGUUAAAAAAAAGCUGUUUUUAAAAUGGGAACCAACCUUUUUUACGUGAAUGUAGCCAAAUGUCUACUUUAUAUUUAUCUUUGUAGUUUUUACAGGAUUUAAGUGCAAAGCAUAAAUGUAUGUUUACACUACACCUGUCAUUUCCAUUUCCACUUGAACAAAAAAUAAUUUGAGACAGAAAAUAUGGAAAAAGUUUUGAACUUUGUGAAGGACUCAGACUUCACAGAACGUGAACCUCAGUAGCAGUUUAUUGUGAAAGAUGCAAUAUUUAGCUUAUCUGAACUGAGAUGAGAUUUUUAUGUCUUUUUCAGAAUGUUUGAUUUUGAAGUAUGUGAACUGUUUUGUUGUUUGUUGGCUUUUGUCUGCUUGUUGUUCUCAAUUCUUUUAUUAAAGAAAAUUUUAAAAAAAAAGCAAAAUAAAAAAACUGACACAUGAAACACCUUGUAGACCCCCUUCAGUCUAAAAACUCAGACCAUCCAUGCUCACGUUCCAGAGUAAAAAUGUGAACAGAAAACAGCAGCGCUAAGAGUCAGUGGCAUUUCCCUUUAAUGCAAUGAUGCAGGAAAAAAAUGAAAUCACCACAGCAAAGAAUAAAAAAGCAAAAAAUUAACACGGCAAACCUGCGAUUUCAAACACAGCAUUUCACUUAAAAAGAAAAAAAAAUUAAAAUGCUUCAUAAAACAGCUCUUUGCAUCUCUUUUCAGUGUUUAUGCACCAAACUCAGUUCAUAUUCGAAUGAUUUUCACCUCCUGUAACAUAAAAGUACAGUCAUGACAGGAUGAGUUUAAAAUAACAUUUGAAAGGUUUCGGCUCGUGAAACGAGUGAGCACUGUGGCACACGGUCGGCUCUUUAAAAGCCAUGUUUUAGCCUCCAACAGAGUUUUAUGUUUGAUUUAGUGUUUCAGUAAAAACUUCCUGCUUUUGCAGAAAAAAAGUCACAAAUGCAGUUAAAACUGUAACAUUUCAUUGGUUUCCAAUCUGUGGCCAGAGUCCACUAAACAAGUCCUACAUUGAGUAUAGAGGGACCAUGUAAUGAUGAAGAAUUAUCUGUAUUCCUGUUAGCUUUUUCCGCCUUGGAAAGCUCCGUCACACAAGGUAACACAUUCUCAACGAAAGAGCCAAAUGAACAGCUUUAAAUCUGUCAGAAACUUGUUGAGGUCAGCUGACCAGUAUUAUAUAAAAAUAAUGCACACCAAGUGAAGUGAAAGGUUCAAACUUUCAUUAAAAAUGUAGUUUCCUAUUUUUGCUAAUCAACACUUGUCAAAGUCUUAGUGUUUGGGGUGUUUCCUUUGUUUGCUGGUCCAAAGUGUUCGAUCCUUUUAUUUUAGCACCUGUAAAAGAAGAUCAUGUGAUGUGGCUGAAAGCUUGGGUCUGUUUGUGUCGGCUAUAUUUUUCUGUAACACUUCAUGAAAUGGGAGUUACAACUGGAAA